AGUUGUCGUGGUAAGAGCACUGGGUGCGGUUUGCUUUUUAUAUUGUAGUCAUUGCGAAAAAUAACGCUAUGCUCUCUAUACGUUUUAAGAGAAAAGCGGUAAAGGUAAUCGUUGAAAGUUUAUUUAUAUUUUGCAUUUGUUUUGUAAAAAGUAUAAUAAAGUGUCGAGAAUUAAAAAACAAUUGUGUUAAGUGUAUCGGUUUAAAAGCAGAAGAAACAGAACCAAGAGCCCCAAAACGAAAACUCAACAGAAAUUGGUGACAGUUAUCUAUGAAAUUUCGGAGAAAAGAACAAUAUACUCAGAAACUUUGAAACUUUAUUCAUUAAUGACGUGAACUCGUGAUAAUUCGUGCGUUAUGAUCUACUUUUUACUUUGAAAUCAAAUCAAAUCUUAAGCCAAUGAACGGUCAAAUCAGCCGAUCCACAUAUUAUAUAUUACAUAGGUAUAAGUGUUAUUGGCAACUAGGUCUCUUAAAUACGCUAGUAUAACUGGCUGGGCUAUAUAAUGUAUUUAUUUUACUACACUGCGUGCCAUCUUAUUAUGACUAGAGGCUCAAUUUUCUGUUUACUGUUACAAAUCUUAAUAGUGUGCUCUCUGUAUGAUGGAAACAAAGCGGCUGAUGACGAUAAUGCAAUCCUUCACACUGUUCUUUGGCAGCGAGUCAUCUGUGGAGAAUGUGCAGAAAGAAGUCAGCGGAGCUAAGCAAACCCUAACAGAUGCCGUACAAAGUUCAAGCAAUCGAAUGCUCGAAGACUAUGGCAGCUUGGUGAAAAGUUUUGAGAGACUAGAAAUUGCGCUGGAAAAGCAAAAUGACAAUGUCUUAAGGAUACUGGAAACAUUUAUUGAGGAAAAUUUAGCGAUACAGAGCACAGCGCUGUUGCAACAGCUGACAGCUGAUCAAAAUUGGCUGCUAGAGAUGAUGAGCACACAGCAGAGAUCGUUUAUCUCAGAGUUGCAAAUGAGCGAAGGAAAAUUGCUUGAUGACAUCAUACAAAAUGAAACACCCAAUGAAGUGUAGACUCAUUAAUGGCAACAUUAUUCAGAUAGCAUAGCUGCAAAAGAACACUGCGAAACGGUUAAAAUUUCCUUUUAGGUGUUGAGGCAAGCAAUUAAAUAAGAAGUGAAAUCAGAAAGCAAAAUAAAUUAUUUAGAAAUAUA